AUGAGCGCCAAGGAGGCCUUGGCGGCGCACCAGCGCCACCUGGUGCGCAAGGUGACGCAUGCGAUGCAGCGCGAGGGCCUGCCAGACGACCUGCUCACCGAGUCGGCGGUAGAAGCCCGCUUUUGCGGCGCCACGGGCUUCCCAGAGGCGGCAGACAGCGUGGCGUAUGAGCCGACGCAGGGCCUGCUGGCGGUGGGCACCAGCGACGGCCGGGUGGUGCUGAUUGGGCGGCCCGGCGUGGAGUUCACGCUGCGCUCCGCCUCGCGCUCCCCCACCCAGCACCUGUGCUUCCUGCCGCACAAGGGCGCCCUGCUGCGCGUCACCCAGGACGGCGACUGCCAGCUCUUCUCAGCCGUCUCCCGCCGCCUGCUCACCUCCAUCUGGCUGCAAGGCGACACCAUCAACUCCGUCACCCUGCUCCCCGGCAGCGACCCAUACGUCCUCCUGGGCUGCGAGAGCGGCAACGUGCGCGUCGUGGCGUUGCUCGACGAGGAUGGCAGGCCCGCGGCGGGAGCCAAGCCCGCAGCAGACCUGGCGGUGCAGCCGUACCAAGUGCUGGGGCAGGAGGUGGAUGGCAAGAGCGGCGUGGUGGCGGUGGCGGUGGCGCACUUGCGCGACCGCCCGCUGCUGCUGCUGGUGCACCGCCACUCGGGCGCGCUCAUCUGGGACAUCAGGCAAGCUGGGGUGCCGCCAAGCGCAGGCGGGCUGGGCUUUUGGCGGGCUGCUGCCAGGCUGGCAGCGGCGGAGCGCAUCUUGUGUGCCGCGAUUGAUGCCGAGGACGAGCACUCCAAGCCCACCUGCGCCUGCUGGGUGGGCGAGCGCGCCAACUGCUUUGCCGUAGGCUACGACGACGGCAGCAUCCUGGUGUGGGGCGUGCCGCCCAUGGCGCUGCAAGGCGACCCGUUCAAAGUGAUAGAGCCCCCAGAUGCGCGGCUGCUGAUGACGCUGCGGGUGGCGGGGCGCGGCGUGCACGCCGCCGCCGUCCGCAGCCUCAGCUUCAUGCCCGGCGGCGGCGGCGCGGGCGCCGCGGAAGACUGCCUGCUGGUGUUUGGAGGGCAGGGGCAGAGCGAGCCAGACAUGCUGGCGCUGCUGCCGCUGACGGCGCAGCCAGACGGCGACGGCGGCGGGCGGCAGGUGCCCUGGUUUGGCAACAUCAAGGGCCUCUGCACGAUGCCCGCGCAGGGCGCGCUGUCUGGGUCUGAGCGGCCGCGCGGCCUGAUGAUCCUGACUGAGGGAGGGCAGCUGGUGGUGCAUGACCUCGCCAGCUGGCAGCCCACCCCCCUGACGCUCCCCAUCCAGGAGCUGCCUCCCAUCACUGUCUCCGCCUUUGUGCCCACCGUCAGCGUGGCGUUGCUGGCGGAGCCGGGAGGCUCCGCCGCCGUGUCGCCUCGCAGCCCGAAGCUGAGCGCCGCCAGCGGCGGGGCCGGCGGCGGCGGCGCGCCCUCGCCCUCGCCGCGCGGCGGCGGGCCCGCCUCGGCGUCCGCCGCCGCAGCCGCCGCGGGCACUGCAGCGGCAGCGGGGCAGGCGCUGCCGCAGCAUGCGCUCACGCUGGAUAGGGUGCGGGCGUGCAGCCGGCGGGCUGGGCAGCAGGCCGGGGACGCUGGCGCCGGCGGCAGCCACCACCACCACUCCCUGCCCGACCAUUGGCCCUUUAGUGGCGGCGAGCCGGCCUGCAGCAUGGCAGCCGGCGGCGGCGGCGGCGGCGACGCGGCGGCAGGCACAGCCAAGCGUCACCCAUCUGCCCUCUAUUUCACAGGCCACCGCGACGGCCGCGUUCGGGUGUGGGAUGCCACGGUGCAAGUGCCGGAGCUGCUGCUCACUGUCCCCGCAACAGCGGGCCAGGAGCGGCUGCGGGCUGUCACCGCAAUGGAGGUCUGCCCCUUCUCCGGGAUCGUGAUUGUGGGCCACCAGGGCGGCGACGUGCGGCUGUAUCAGUUCACAGAGAGCGCGCAGAGCGUGCAGCGCAUGAACAUCGACGAAACGCUGCUGCCCUACGGCAACGUGGGGCACCAGGCUGGUGGCUUCCAGUACAUCAUGCGGUAUAGCACCCACUCUGCCGACGUCACCGCCGUAGCGCUGGCUACCAAGCUGAAGCUGGCAGCCGUGACAGACGCGGGCGGCAACCUGUCACUGCUGGACCUUCUUCAGCCGGCGCAGCUCUUCUCCACGCGCGCCAUGUCCCAGCCAGUGGCGCAGUUGGUCUUUGGAAGCCACGUGAUCCCGGGCCCCACCAAGGAAGACCCGGGCGUGGAGCGGGUGGUGCUGUUCCUGGCUGGUGCGGACAGCAGCGCGUGCAUGGUGGGUCUGGACCGCGGGGAGCCCAUCGGGCGCCCCAUGCGACCCAAGAACGCCUCCCGCCCGCUGGCCAUGGCGCUGCUGGACCCCUCUGGCAUCCCCCUGCCGCUCCUGCACGGCCAGCUGGUGCUGCACUGGGCCACCAACAACGCCAGCGGCGGCGCCGCGGGCGGCACGCCGGCGGCGGCCCGCGUGAGCAGCCUGAAGGAGGAUGAUCCGGCAGUCGCCGGCCGGGUGUCUCGCCUGAGCCUGUCCGAGCGCCCCACCUCCACCUCCCCGCUGCCGCACGCCACCUCCCGGCGCUCCACGGGGGCAGACAGCCACCGCAGCUGGUCGCGGGCCGACUCUGGAGAACCUGAGGGUGCUGAGCGCGAGAGCUCGGUGGAGGUUCAUGAGUUGCCCAGCGACGACGAUGAUGAGCUGGACAGCCACCUGGCAGCGGCGGUGCAGGCAGUAGAGGAGGAGAAGAAGGCCAAGGCCACUAAGUUUAAGCUGCCCAAGGCCUUCCAGCGCCCCGGCUCCCGCGGCUCGCAGGCGGCGACGCCUGCGCCUGCCGCGGCUGGCGCUGGCGGCGAUGCGGGCGAGGCUGGCGACCUGCCCAGCCCAGGCAGCGACGCCGGCAGCGGCAGCGUCUUUGCGGCGGCCUCCGCAGCCGGCGGCAGCGGCCAGAGCGGCGGCGAGUUCGACCCGGUGAACGCGCUGCAGGAUUUUUACGGCCCCGGCGCCGGCCCAGCCCCUGGCGCCGACCCCGCCUCCCCAGGCUCCCCCACGCUGUCAGCCGGCCUGCAGUCCCCGCCAGGCUCGCGCAGCGGCGGCGGCGAGCUGCUGAGUCAAGCAGACCUGGUUGACUAUCCCUACCUGAUUGAUGGCGACCCCACGCCCGCAGCCUACCUGCUGCUCUGCUGCGCAGACUACCUGCGCCUUUACCCGGCAGACAACGUCCGCCUGGGCGACCGCAGCACGGAGCGCAAGGCCUCUUUCGAGGCGGGCCUGUGCUUUGCCGCCCCCUUCAUGUCGGUCCACGGCCCCGGGGUGGCCAGCGUGGAUGCCUCUGACGCCCUGCAAGUGCACAGCCUGCCCGGGCUGGCGCCGCUGUGCCGGCGGCAGCUGGAGGAUAGCCGAGUGCUGGGAUUCCGGUGGGCGUGCCAGCCAGCCGCCGCAGCAGCCUCCUGCUGCUCCCUGGACGGCCAGCUGGUGCUGGUGGCGCCUGGAAACGAGGUGGCGCGGCUGGCGGUGGUCGCAGACUGCGCCCUGCCCGCCGCGCCGGCAGCCGUGUACAGCCUGCGAGUGGCUCAAGCCGCGGCGGCCGCUGCGACUGCGCGGCGGCCAGCCGGCGCCGGCGGCGCGGCCGCCGCGGGCGGCUAUCCGGUGCGGGUGGAGGCGCCGGCUGCCACGGCGACGGAGGCCGGCGGCGACGACGGCGGCUCCGCGUCGCCGGUGGGCGCCGGCGCGGCAGCCAAGGGCUUUGGCCGCUUCUUUGACCAGGCAGCCUCCACCGUGACUGGGCUGGCCAGCACCGCCAUGCAGGAGCUGGACCGGGCUCGCGCGGCGGGCCAGACGGCGCUGCAGCGGCUGGGCACGGCGGCGGCGGGCGAGGCGCCGUCGCGCGCGCUGCCCCCGCUGGCCGUGCUGUUUGCCACGCCGGUGGAGCCCCUGGAGGAUGAUCUGGAGUACAUGCCUGAGAGCGACGCCGCCUCCGAGGCCGCCUCCAGCAGCAGCGGCGCAGCGCCGUCGGCGGCCGCCGCGGCCGGCGGGGCGGUGGUCGCCGGCGCGGCGGCGGCGGCGGCGCCGCCGCCGUCUGCUGCGCCGCCCGCCCGCAAGGCCCCCCACUCUUUGGUGUCCCCCCGGGAGGCGGCAGCCAAGCUGAAGAACCUGCUGCCUGUGGGGCGCAGCAAGAGCGAGCGGGCAGAGCUGCUCGAGCGAGACGCGGCGGCGGCCGCCGUGGCCGGCGGCGGCAGCAGCAGCGCGCGCAGCCCGGGCGGCGGCGGCGGCGGCGGCUGGACCGGGGCCGGCAAGGACAAGCCCGGCACGGCCGCGGCUGGCGCCAAGGCGGGGGACGUGAGGGGCGUCAUGGAGCAGAACCAGCGCAUGCUGGCGGAGCGCGGAGAGCGGCUGGCGGCGUUGGACGAGCGCACGGCGGCGAUGCAGGGCGACGCAGAGGACUUUGCGUCCAUGGCGCGCAAGCUGGCGGAGAUGCAGGCCGCCAAGAAGUGGUACCAGCUGUGA